UCCAACAGUGAAUGUGGCUGACAGAAGGGGAUCGCGCGUGCGACCUACGCGCCUCCGGUUUAGACUGUUUUCCGAUGAGAGACGCGUAGCAAACGUCGUAUCAGUGUUCAUAACGUGCCAACGAUCUGCUUACGAUACGUUGCUGUCAUGUACGCUGAUGCUCGGUAUUCGGAAAACUUUUAUUUAUUAGUGUGUUCGUGACAGUGAGUGACCAGGGUAGCUUGUGAUCCACGGCUUAUCGUGACAUUUCCUUCCUACCGUCGAUUCCGAGGAGCCUCAAUUUUUCUCUCAAGGCAUACUUUUAGAACUGUAUUAGCUACAGGUACAAUACGAUCAGUCGACAAUGACUAUCAGAAAGAUUUGCGGUAUCGGUGCCGGAUACGUGGGCGGACCAACGUGCGCCGUGAUCGCCCUCAAAUGCCCAGAAAUUCAAGUUACUGUAGUGGACAAAAGCAAAGAGAGAAUAGCCCAAUGGAACUCGGAGAAGCUGCCGAUCUAUGAACCCGGCCUUGACGAGGUAGUACGGAAAUGUCGCGGCAAAAACUUGUUCUUCUCUACGGACAUAGAGACCGCGAUCCAGGAAGCGGACCUAAUCUUCAUCUCGGUCAACACGCCGACGAAAACGUUCGGGAACGGUAAAGGGAGAGCGGCCGAUUUGAAAUACGUCGAGAACGCGGCCAGAAUGAUCGCGGAAAUUGCGACCGGGGACAAAAUCGUUGUGGAGAAAAGUACGGUGCCGGUCAGGGCUGCUCAGAGCAUCAUGAACAUUCUACGUGCCAAUCAUAAGCCUGGUGUCUCGUAUCAGAUCUUAUCGAAUCCAGAAUUCUUGGCGGAGGGAACCGCUAUCGAGGAUCUAGUGAACGCAGAUCGUGUUUUAAUCGGAGGUGAGGACUCGUCGGAAGGGCAAGCAGCGAUCGAGGAAUUAUGCAAGGUUUAUGAGCACUGGAUUCCGAGAAAAAAUAUUUUGACCACGAAUACGUGGAGCUCGGAAUUAUCCAAGCUGGCUGCCAAUGCCUUUUUGGCACAACGUAUAUCGAGCAUAAAUUCAUUGUCGGCGGUGUGCGAAGCUACUGGCGCGGACGUGUCCGAUGUGGCGCGAGCAGUCGGCCUCGAUUCUCGAAUAGGAUCGAAGUUCCUUCACGCAUCGGUCGGUUUCGGUGGUUCCUGUUUUCAAAAGGACAUUCUUAAUUUGGUAUAUAUUUGUGAAUGUCUGAAUCUACCUGAGGUUGCCGCCUAUUGGCAACAGGUCAUAGACAUGAAUGAAUAUCAAAAAUCAAGGUUCUCGGUGAAAGUAAUCGAGUCCCUGUUCAAUACGGUCACGGACAAAAGGAUUUCUAUGCUGGGAUUUGCCUUCAAGAAAAAUACCGGUGACACGCGUGAGUCACCAGCCAUUCAUGUCGCUAAAACACUGCUUGACGAGGGUGCUGUGCUUCAUAUUUACGAUCCUAAGGUUGAAGAGAAUCAAAUCAUCGAGGACUUGACGCAUCCAAAUGUAACGAAUAAUCCUGAACAUGUAAAAAGCAGAAUCAGUAUUUAUAAGGAUGCUUACAGUGCCACAAAAGGCACACACGCUAUUGUCUUAUGUACUGAGUGGGAUGAAUUUGUAGAAUUGGACUAUAAACGGAUUUACGUUAACAUGAUGAAACCAGCGUAUAUUUUCGAUGGAAGGAAAAUUUUAGAUCAUAGUAGGUUACAGAAGAUCGGAUUUGUUGUACAGACUAUUGGUAAGAAAAUUACGAGAACGGUACUUUCGAGAGCGUGGGGAAGUCAAACCCAAGUAUAAUUACAAUUGAGCAGGCUGGAAUAGGAAACAGAAAGCACUAUAAUUUCAUAGACAUUCUGAUUAUUUCAUGAUUUCUUUGGAAACGUUGUGACUGAAGGAGGUUUGUUAAAUAUGUUAAAGCAUAAUUUUGGUAUAAGGAGUUUCUGCUUUCUCAAUUUGACGAACCCCUAUGUUAGCAAAUAAAAUUUUUAUGUUAAAUUUGAUAAAUGUAAAAUGGAUGUCCUGGUACCCGAUUACUAACAUGAGGAUCAAAAUGUAAUUUCAUAAAAUUCGGAAAGUGUAACAAAUUUUUUUUCUCGAAAAUUUUCGCUAUUUAAUACAAAUAUUUGAAGCAAACACUUCUUUAACCAAAAAUUUUUACAAUAACGAACAAUAUCAAAUGACUCAAACGUUUACGUGUGUAAGUUCCUUACAUAGUUUGAUAUGUAGUGGAAGAAUCUCUAAUUAUCAUAAUUAUAUAGUAUUAUUUGUAUAUGCGUUGUUAUUACAACUUGACGAUUGUGAGCAUUUAUGCGAUCAGAUAAGAUUCCGUUUUGAACAACCAGGAUCUACAAUACUUUUUAUUUUUGUGCAAUUUUAUAUGUGUAUAUACAUGCAAAAAAUAUUGAAAUACGAUGUAUUUUAAAAUAGUGCAUUCCUAGAAGAUGUACUGGCAUACCUGCAUUUGUUUUAAAAACAGAUUAACAAGUUUUGUUAAUCAUGCAUUGUCAA